CCCCGCCCUCGCGGCGCUCCCCCGCCCCGGGCCCCGCUGUGACCCGCGGCCGCUUCUCCCUCCCGCCUACGCGUCGCCGGCGGGGCGGAGUCGUCGCCGCUGUUAUGGCGUCUCGGGCGCUGUCGGCGAAGGAUCGGCCGCCGCAGCACCAAUAGAGAGCGAAGGAGCCGGGCGGCCGGUGAGCGCCGGGCAUGGAGAGCCUGGCGCAACCCCUGCCGCCUCCGGGCUCGCUGAAGAGGGGUGGCGGGGGCGCCGCCGGCAGCCAGCUCCUCCUGGAAGAGGCGGCGGCAGGCGAGGGCGGCUGCAGGGACGGGCCCGCGGCGGCCGAGGAGGGCGGCGGGCGGCGCAGCCCUUCCCCUCAGCCGGCCCCCGCUCCCGCCGCGGCCCCUCAGACGGCGUCUCCCUCGCGGGCCGCGGACGGCGCGGGGCUGGCGGUGCCGGAGAGCCCCGGAGCGGCGCCCGUCUCGGAGAGCGGUCCCGCGGGGGCCGGCUCCGGGAGCAGCGGGGCUCCCAGCCCCCCGGGGGAGGAGUCCCGGAGCCUGGACUCGCUGGAGUCCUUCUCCAACCUGCACUCCUGCUGCCCGAGCAGCUCCGAGCUCAACAGCGACGCCGAGGAGGCGGUGGUGGCGGGGGCCUCCUCGGGGGGCCCGGCCCCGGAGCCUGAAGGGGAUAGGCCGGCGGCGGGCUCCCAGCUCCUUUCGGCCUCCAAGGAGCGCUUCCCGGGCCAGUCGGUCUAUCACAUCAAGUGGGUCCGCUGGAAGGCGGAGAACACGCCCGUCAUCACUCAGAACGAGAACGGACCCUGCCCGUUGCUGGCCAUCAUGAACGUGCUGCUCCUGGCUUGGAAGAUUAAGCUGCCACCCAUGAUGGAAAUCAUAACGGCUGAACAGCUGAUGGAAUACUUAGGAGACUAUAUUCUUGAUGCAAAACCUAAAGAGAUAUCUGAAAUUCAGCGUCUAAAUUAUGAGCAGAAUAUGAGUGAUGCAAUGGCGAUUCUACAUAAGUUACAGACAGGUCUGGAUGUCAACGUGAAGUUUACAGGUGUACGAGUAUUUGAAUACACACCUGAAUGCAUAGUGUUUGAUCUUCUUGAUAUCCCCUUGUACCAUGGAUGGUUAGUGGACCCUCAGGUUGCUGACAUAGUAAAAGCAGUUGGUAACUGCAGUUACAAUCAGCUAGUGGAGAAGAUAAUUUCUUGUAAACAGUCAGACAACAGUGAACUGGUUAGUGAAGGAUUUGUAGCUGAGCAAUUUCUAAAUAACACAGCUACACAGUUGACAUACCAUGGACUCUGUGAGUUGACUUCAGCUGUCCAGGAGGGAGAGCUUUGUGUGUUCUUCAGGAACAACCAUUUUAGCACCAUGACCAAAUACAAGGGUCAGCUUUACCUGCUGGUGACAGACCAGGGCUUUCUUACAGAAGAGAAAGUUGUCUGGGAAAGCUUACACAAUGUGGAUGGUGAUGGAAAUUUCUGUGAUUCUGAAUUCCACCUACGGCCUCCAUCAGACCCUGAAACUGUCUACAGAGGGCAGCAGGAUCAAAUAGAUCAAGAUUAUCUGAUGGCAUUGUCUCUACAACAAGAGCAGCAAAAUCAAGAGAUUAACUGGGAACAGAUCCCAGAAGGAAUCAGUGAUCUAGAGCUAGCGAAGAAGCUCCAGGAAGAGGAGGACAGGAGAGCUUCUCAGUACUAUCAGGAACAAGAACAAGCAGCUGCUCAGGUCCAGGUGCAAGGUGCUGCUUCUCCAGCAAGCGGAAGACAAUCUGGGAGUAAUGAACGCAAACGUAAAGAGCCUCGAGAGAAAGAGAGAGAAAAAGAGAAGAAUAGCUGUGUUCUCUUGUAAUAGAAGAUGGAUUUAGUCUGGAGCCCAAGUGCAUGUCCUCAGAAGCAAAAACAAGGAGUAAAAAGGAAGACAAACCUGUUACAUGCCGCCUGUGCCUGAUUACCCCAUGGAUUUUGUUCAUGUUUCAAGAGAGGAUGGGUGACUUUGUUACAAUCAUACAGACUUUCUUCAAAGUCAUAGUGCGUGCUGCUCAAGAUGGAAUUCCAAAUCACAGUUGGAUACGGCUGUGCUUUGAGUUAUUCAUAAGAAAUACUGCACCUUGUAGCUGACCACACAAAUCAUGGCAAGUUUUGUGUCAUAGUGACAUCCAUUACUCAUUACAUCAGUUAGUAAGCUAUUUUAUCUUCUACUCUAAACAACAGAGGUAAUUCAUUUUGUGUAAGACUUUUUCCUGAAGUCUGUACACUAGCACAACAGAGUUCUGUGUUACUUACAUGGUAUGAAACUAUAUCUUAGGCUGGGUAUAGUCUUCACGACACAAGAGCCCAAAUAACAGCUGGGCACUGCCUCCUCAAUGUGUCCAGAUUUCUUUGCUUCUGGAUCUGGUAUGUUCGGUUUUUUGAACCCAGAUUUAUACUGUGUUACUGCUAUCAUUGCACCUCCUAGCCAGCUUUCUUGCCCCAAGAAUAUGUGACUUGAUAGGCAUCAUACAAAAAAUUGUCAUAGAAAAUGGGGCAUUUAUUAAUAAGCAAGACGAAUAUUGUUUGCUUUUCUUGCAAUUACAAACUGGGUAUGGCAACUCAGAUGUUAUCAGGGUUAAACAAGUAAUUUUAUAGGUAACUUCUUUUUCUUUUAGUAUUUUUUCUCUUGUAGGUAAACUGGACCAGAUAAGUUCUUAUUUAUUGACCUCUCCAUAUGAUAGGUGAAUGAUGAGAGGAAACUAAGGUCUAUAAUAAUCAUUAUUCUAUGUAAGAAUGCAGAGUUAAAAUAACUAACUAUCUGCCUUUUUUCCAGAAGUACCUUGAACUUUAACAUGAUGUUAACAUGUCCACUUGUGUAUUUAAGCAAGUGUACUGUAGUUAAAAACACACUUUUUUUGUUUGUUUUGUAAAUCAUGUAUCCUUAAAAAGCACACUUCUGAAGGGUGAGAGAGAAGCGAGACUGCUCUCUGAGAUUGUUUGGAAGGGUGGUCAGGUGUAAUAUUUUGUUUUUUUAAAUCACUAAUUUAGAAUUUUUGGAAAACAGAUUUUUCUAAUUUAUGGGAACCAAAUAAACAUGUUGCGUCUUGUAGUAUUUAUAGAAUACAGAAACAGAAUACUUACUGAAUUUUGAGGGAACCACAAAUCUUCCUCCACUCCCAUUAAGUCAAUAACAGUUACUUUCUUGCUGAACUUUUUUGAUAAAAAUUUCUAUUUAGCAAUUUGUAGAUACUUUUGAAAAAGGCUGCUUCUCCUGGACAAGUUAUGUAAUCAUGCUCUAAGCCUUGGUAAAUGCAUUAGUAUACAAUAAUCUGGGAAAGCUAAGGCAGCCAGGUGGAAUAUGACAUUCCUGGUUUCAGGUGUUUGGAGAAUGUCUGCAAAAGAAAGGGUGUCUAAACAAAAGUCCACUGGUAAAAAGCUGCUUUAAAAUUAUUUCAAGCAGACUUGCUGCAGUCAUGGGAACCAGUCAUCACAUAAAUCUGUUACGAACCUAGAAUGAAAAUUACACAGAUAAAGGAAGAAUGUCUUAUAAACUAAAGGGCCAGUUUGUAUCACUUUUUUCUUCCAUGCCUUUUUCUCUUUUGCUUUUUUUCCACUUUUGUUACAAUUUCCCUUUUAUAAUAAUGAUGUAAUGAACGGUAGGAGGUCUCUAAUACACGAACUGUAAAUCUAAAAAUUUCUCUAUUGUCUAGAGAAGUCAUGCCCAGAAAAGUAACUAAUACUUAAUGUAUGCAGUUCAGAUAAUUUUCUAUGUCAGAGCAAAGGUUUAUGUCUUUUUUUCCUUUGCAGCAGCCUAACUUCUUCAAACAAAUUAAUGUGAUGGAGGAUCACCAACAUAAUGACUUAUCUACUUUAAGCAGAUCAGAAAAUAUUCCGGUAGUGUCAAUAACAAAGACUUUAAACCAGAAUGUUGUUUAAAAACAUUCUGUUACUAAGAUUUUUCCAAAUUUGUGUAUUUACAUUUAUUUAUUGACCUUGAAAAAUAAAUAUGUCAAGCUAAGUGUUUGUUAUCUUAUUAUUUUCAGUGACAGUAUUGCCACUUUAAAUUCCUUUUUGAACAAAUCUAGCUGGAGCAGGCAUUGUGGCUACAGAGUAUAUCUUUUUGCCUAAGAUACUUGUAUUAGAAGAAUUCAUGUAACAUUUCCAGUUUCAGACAGAUGUGCCUGAAACCUAAUAUACUGUAGUUACGGUAAUAUUGUCAUUUAGUCACAAAGGAAGAAGAGUUAAAUGUCAAUGCUCAUUAUGAGGUUUGAACUCCCAGAUAAUUCAGUUUCUCUUUCAAUAAAGGAGUAAAAGGUUUCAGGUUUUUUUGAGAUGGCAGGCAUGCUUUUCAAACACUUUUCUGUUAAUAUCCUUUUUUCUUUACAGGUCUUGAAGCUUUGGGAAAAAAGGUAAAGAAUUCCUGAAAUCUAGGGCAUUGUUCUGCAUGAGUUGAGCUUGUUAGUAGCAAAAGUUAUAAGCAGAUGAGCUUGUUAAUAUCCAAAAUGAAAUACAUCUGGAAACUUAAUUGAUAACCUGCUGUGACUAACCUUGCAAAAGCAACUAUCACAGCUGAUAUCUAUGACAGUAUCUGAUGAUCAAAAAAAAGGAACAGAAUUGCUUUUAUCUCUAAUAGUGAGCUUGGAAAACAAUACUACAAGAUAUUCAUGGAGUAUCAGAAAGACGAUGUCUACUUCUGACUAUUUACUUCAUUUGCCUCUUUUUUGAAGCUCAUGUUCUGGUGUAAGGGUACAGAUUUAGACUUUAAAUCUGUUUAUACAAUUUAGCAUGCACAUGCUCCAAAUACCUACAUAAUAUAUAUGAAAGUGUCCAGAAAAGUAGAGUAGAACUUGUUUUCCACUAGAUAAAAGCUAGCACAGAAAACAGAAUCAUAGAAUUUUUGUUGUUGCAUAGUAGUUGUGAAAUUAAAAAAGCUAAAUACAAGUAUUCUUAAAAUUAGCAAAAAAAUGAGCACUGCCAUAGUGAUAAAUGUUUUUCUAAAAGGCACUUUGUAAAUGCUCAAAUAUACCACUUUUCUUGUGACACUCAAAUGGAAUCUGCGACCCAACAAAGCAGAUCCAAUGGAAGACUGUAACACCAGAGGAUGAAAUUAGCAUUCCUGAAAUUCACUUAAAUACAAUGCAAAAAAUAUAUUUUGUAUCUAGCCAUCUAGUUAAUAUAAUAAAGUAUGUGUUCAGAUUGUCUUUACAGAGCUCUUCUUGUGGAUCACAGGCACACAAGUUAAAAGUGAAGCAUAUGCUCUUCUGUGUACACUUGUGUUGGAUUGCCAGUCAAUCUCUACACUCAUUUGGUAUUUCAUGUUAUUGUCAAAUGUUUCCUCAAACUUGUAUAUACAAGUUCUUGAAAAAAUUUUACAGUAUGUAAUAAAAGGCAGUUUGAGUUCUUGAAAUUGAAUCUUUUGGUGUAUUCAGCAGGAAAUACUCGAGUAAAAGGUAAAGCUGA